AUGGCAUCAGGGUCGUUCGCCAGCGGCCAGCCACAACAAACACCUCACCAGCCGCCCCAACAGCAUGAGCAGCAGCAGCAGCAGCAGUACGCCAUGGACAUGGGGAUUGGGUAUCCGUCGGCCGCCGCCGCCGCCGCCAUGGGCGAGGUGUACCGGGCCCAGGGUAACGUGUUUGAGAGGCUGGAGUACCAGCCGCAGGUCGAGGUAAACCGACAGCCGCAGAGGCGCCGACGACAGCAGCAGGACAGCGCCAGUGGAGGUCAUGCGCCGGUGAUGCAGGCUGCAUCGCAAGCACCGAUGGGGGCACCGGACAAGCAGACGCAGCACAUGGGCCAGUUUGGCAUCUUGGCGCCGACGCCAGUACCCGUGGUGCACCCGCACCGAUCGAUGGCCCCGGCUAUGGGCCAGCCGACGCUGCAUUUCGCGCCCGCCAUCCAGGCCGGCGCCGGCGCCGACGCAGACGCCGCGCCCUCGGCCCACGGCAAGCUGGGCGGCAAGAUUGUUGUCGAUCCGCCAGACUUGCACGCUUGGCGGGAGAAGCUAUUCAACGUGGAUGAGAUGAUUGUAUUGACACAGGAGCAGUCCACGCAAAAGUACAAGCGCAAGCCGUUUGUCUCGCACUACUGGGACUGCCGCAUGAAGGGCCGCCCGCCCGGCACGCCCAAGACGGAGGACCCCACCAAGAAGCGGCGCCGGCGCAGCGCGCGCGAGCGCGACCUGUGCGACGUCAAGAUCAAAAUCACCGAGUACUUUCCCAGCACGGAGCCGGUGCAGCUCGACGGCGGCGCGGACGGUGCCGCCACCACCAGCGCCGCCGCCGUGGCCGCCGGGUACCACGGGCAGCGCUUCUGGACCAUUCAGCGCGUCAACGGCAACGGCGGCAACGGCAAGGGGGACGGCGUCGCUGGCCCGCACAAGCACACGCUCGCCAAGAGCGACGAGAUCAAAAAGAAUAGCGUCCAGCGGCACAUGGCCUCGCAGGACCGCGAGACAAAGCGGGCGCAGCCGGCCCCGCGCCGGCCUACAGGCACCGCCGCCGUCACCGCUCGGAAGCACGCGCGCGAGGCCGGCGCCGCCGGUGACGUCAAGCUGUACGCCGCGUGCCACUGCCCCUUUUCGCAGCGCGUCUGGAUCGCCCUCGAGGCCAAAGGCCUCCCGUACCAGUACUGCGAGGCGGACCCGCACCGCAAGCCCGCCCCGGCGGGCCUGCUCGAGGCCAACCCCAAAGGCCAGGUGCCCGCGAUCCGGCAAGGCGCGUGGGCCUGCGCCGAGUCGUCUGUGAUUUUGGAAUAUCUCGAGGACUUGGACGCGCGCGUGCCGCUGCUGCCCUCGGACGCGCGGCUCAAGGCCAACUGCCGUUUCUGGAUCAACCAUAUCAACACGGACCUCCUCGUCGCCUUUUACGCGCUUCUCCAGAAUACGGACCUCGCGCGGCAAGCAGACCUCAUCACGUGCCUGCAGGCGCAACUCGAUCGCCUCGCGCAGGCUGCCGACGAGCGUGGCCCGUACUUUCUCGGCGCCGCACUCAGCCUCGUCGACGUGCACCUCGCUCCAUGGGCGCUGCGCCUGCGCACCAUUCUGCACCCCCGCCGCGGCUGGCCGGCCGCGGCACCGGCGUCCGCCUCGCGCUGGGCGCGCUGGCUCGACGCCCUGGAGCGCGACGCGCACGUCAAGGCGACUACGAGCGCCGAUGACUUGUACGCGGAUACGGCAGAUAUGCUCAUCAACGACCCGGCGCCGGUGCCGCUUUGA